CGAGCAGAGACGGACCCCGGCACCACUUUCGCCAUCUACCUUUCUUCCUACAAUUGACCAGUAUAUCCUUGCUUACUUGGCGCCGGUACGUUUCUCAUCCCACUCAUUUCAGUCUCGGUCAGCAUCCUUCAUGCAAAAGUUUCUGUUUUGGUCAGGUCACGCAACUAACCAACUCGUUAGCGAGCAUCACCUCUUACACGCGAUAUCCGAAUAGUCAGUUUACCACGCCAACCAACUCGUCAGAUUUUGAGUGCGAAAUUUCAGUCAAUCCACCCAAAGUUCACUCAGUCUUGUCAACAGACCUUCUCGACCUCAACUUCACUGGCGAUAUAGGACCUUCCACCACCUCCAUCCCGAAUCAGCCACCUAGUCACCCCAAAUCGACCUGUCCACUCUCUCUCACCAUCCCCCUCACAACCCCUUCAUCCACCUUUGAUCCCCCUCUAUCCCCCUCACAGUCUUCCUCACAGUCCACCCUCCCAUAACCGCCAAAAUGCCCGGCCCCCGCUCCACCUCCCACAUAAAACAAUACACCCCCACCCAAUUCUCCGCCGCCAUCGCCGCCGUCUCUUCCGGGAGUCUGUCCAUCCGCAAAGCCGCCCAAGCGCACUCCAUCCCUUUUUCGACUUUGCAGCGCCACUUCCAAGGGACUCCCCAAGCCAAGCGCUCCUACGAGGCCUCCUCGCGGGAGAUGCAAAAGCUCACGCCCGAACAAGAGGAGAAUAUUGCCAUGUGGGUGCUUGCGCAGGAGAAUUUGGGACUGCCGGUGAAGAUGGAGGAUAUUCGACGGUUUGCUGAUCGAGUUUUGGAGGUGGGGUUGAAAGAGGGACAGGCGCAGGGGCAGGGGAUGAUUCAGAAGAGGGGGGCAGGGGGAAGUGGGGGUGGGAGGAGGAAAGUGGUUGGGAAGGAUGGAAAAGAAGGGAAGGAUGGCAAGGAUGGUAAGGAUGCUAAGGAUGGAAAGGACGGUCAAGAGGCAGAGGGACAGCAGCAGGGAGAGGAGGAAGAAAGAUCAACAACCACCUCCACCGUAACGGUAGGAAAACACUGGGGACCCAAGUUCAUGCAACGCCAUCCGCAGCUCAAAGCAGCGAGAGAAGCAAGGAGGAAGGAGUUGAAGAAGGGGUUGAGGGGGAAGCAGGCUGCUGCUACUACCACCACUACUACCACUACUGCUGCCGCUGUCGUCAACACCCCCACGCCAGCCGCCGCCGCUACGAACGGUCAUCAAAUUGGACUGCCGCAGACUCCCACUCCUGCUGUUAGUGGUGGUGGUCAAAGACAACGGAACGGUCCUCAGAAGAAGAACAACGGCCAGCUACAGCAGCAGCAGCAACAGCAACAGCAACAGGAUGACGAAGAUGUCGAUCCAGAACUGAUGGACCAAGAUCAAGAUCAAACUGUCGUCAUGGAAGAGGUCGGCCAAGAUGAUGGGGAUAUGGAGGACGACGACGACAACGAAGAAGACCAAAAUGAUACUGUCCACGUCAAGGACGAACUUGAAGAAGAAGAGUACUACGAAGACGAGCAAACGCCUGAUCAGCAGCUGUUGAUGGAUUCGCAGCGGUAUUCGAGGUUCGCGACGACCAACGGAAGUCAUUAGCCCGGCGGGGUUCGAACGUUCAUCGUUGGGGAAAACAACAAACAGACUGAGAGACUGGACUGGACGAAGGCGACUGGAGCGGCCGGAGGAGAUUUUGAUGGGCCUAUGGUAGAGGAUACAGGUCUAACGGACUCGGAGGGACGUUUGAGAAGGAGCUCGGAAUAUCUGGUUAGGAAAACAAAAAAAAAAAAA